UACAAUGGCGCACCAGACGAAGAUCCCACAAGCCCCCACUGGAGUUCCUCUGGUGGAGACCCAAGACCAUGGUUGUUUCGAUUUUCUGACAAACAAGGGAGAGAAGAAGACUAAAGAUGUUGUAAUGACAGAUCCCAAAGAGGAGAAGCACACGCUCAUGGAUGAGCUUCGACGCACUCACAGCCAAUCCAGCUGCUCUAGUGAUGAAGAAGGCGGAGAGAGGAAGAAGAAGAAGGGGUUGAAAGAGGAGAUCAAGGAUAUACUAUCUGGCAAGAAAGAGGGAGAAGACAACGUCCCCAUCCAAGAAGGAAAUGCUGCUGUGGAGCAACCCGAAGAGAAGAAGGGAUUCCUGGAGAAGGUGAUAGAGAAACUCCCUGGGCAGCACAAGAAUGGCGACGUAGAAACUCCUCCUGCAACAGAGCAUGAGCUGGGAUGUGAGAAUAACCAGAAGAAGGGCAUAAUAGACAAGAUCAAGGAGAAGUUACCUGGACACCAUAAGAAGAAUGAAAAUGAGGUCAAGAACUGAUCCAUACAACGUACCUGUUACUAGAAACCUCCAAUCCCAUUUGUUUUUCUGAAUUUCCUCUUCUGCCUGGUUAGUUUCCAUUGUAAGUUGUUUUUCAGUUAUUUGUACUCUACUUUUCUUCAGCUUUUGUGUCUUCUCUCAA